AAACGCAGUGGAGCCAGUGUGUCUUGAUACUUGUGUAUCUUCAACAGUCAAGUGAGCAAGAAAGAACGGAAAUCGCAGACCCUGACCUACUACAUGGCAAAGUUCCCCCUCUCGCUUUCCAUUACCCUGAUUGUGGCCGCCAUGUUGUCUGACGUCAUCGUAACUACGAAUGCUGACUGCGUGCCGACCGAACAGAAUCCCUUGACUAUUAAACUGCUGAGAGACGACGGAGAGAGCGAUGAUCACAAGACCGUGUUUGGGUUGAGGCCGCUUGCUGACGAUUUCCGUCUAACCGUAACGGUCGAGGACAGUGGCGGGAAAAAGAUAACCUUGAUCAUACGCAAGGGGAACUUCUCUGUGCUUGGAUCAGAAGCAAGGUCUUGGAAACCUCUGCCCCAGCUCGCGUGGACCGAGUUUCAACUACUGGUCAAGGAGGGAAUGUUCUUGGAGUUGACAAGCAUCCAAAGACCUAUGGACCAGAUCAAUUGGGCGGACGGUACCAGACCCCCCUACAGGGCCCUUCUUAUUCGAGAGAAAGUGGACGUUUAUUCCUGGUACUGCAGCAAGUUUGGAAUGAUGAACAGAGUCCUUUUGUCUGUUGCACUAGCUUUAAAUGCAAUCAUGACGUUUACCGGCAUCCUCUACUGGACGAGGAAAUGGACGGCAGCCCGCGAACGGCGAAGACAAACGGAGGCAAACAAUGGACAAGGACUCCAGAUGCAAGAAGCGUUGAGUUCCACGCAAAGACGCAUUCACCACCAACUCCAACGGUCCUCCAACGCUGAAUCAUCGGCCGUCCCAAAUGGAAUGGGACAUGACAAAGAAGCGCUCGAGUUUCAUCAGCCUAGUAAACCACAAGAGCAACGAGGACCCGACGCACAGAGAGACGACGAUGUCUACGAACCCAUCUCACAUUUGUACGAAAGAAUGUCUUGGCUCACUGAUUGAGUAGUUUCAUUCUGUACUUUUUUUGUUUGUUGGAGGACGCCUUAGGUGUGUCUGUCAUGAAAUCAAAAGAAACUGGUAUUUUUUUCCCAACUAUCUGCCAGGUUAUGGAUAUUCAGUGACAACGACAUUUGUGUAUUGUCAAGUUGACGAUACUGUGACUAUACUCUGUUUUUUCCCCAUCUGCCUGUGGUGGUCGCGCAUGGUAACACUGCGUCCAGGGCUUUAAAUAGUUACGCUAUGUGUGAGUUUUAGGUAAAUAAAAGGAUAUCUUGGUGUACAUUUGCAACUGAAAAGUGUUUUAAUAAUUUACUGUAUGCAAAUUACACCGUUAAUAUUCGAAAUAGGAUAUUAUUUAAAGCCCGGAACGCAGUGUUACCAUGCGCAAACACCACAGGCGUAUGGACAGAUGGAAAAAAACAAAGUAUAGUACUACAUGCUUACGCCAAACCAUUUCCAGUCGUAUGCAUGCUCAUCACCAAUAACGUGAUAUAAUUCUCAUUUCAUCUCAUUUUAGGAUUUUGUCCUUGUAACCAUUAAUCGACACUUAUGUUGUAAGAAUAUGAUGAAUAGUGGCGUUCAGUAAUUGAAGUAGUUAUCACCGAUGCAAAGUUACAAACUGCUCAGGUGUUGUUUGCAUCAGAUAUUUGUGCAUUUGUAUUCAUAUACCUUUAUUUUCCGUUAGGGGUAGUGCCGUCAGUGGACCCCAUGCGGUGCACUGUAGGCAUUACUUAAGGUUCUUUGCUGCGUGCCUUCGGCCCCUAGCUGCAACCACUUCAGUUUCUUUUACUGUACCUCCUUUCAUAUUUUCUUUCUUCAUCUGACUUUCCACCCUCUUCUAGCACUUGAUUCAUGGUGCAACCGAGAGGUUUUCUUCCUGUUACACCUUUCUAACCUUUUACUGUUAAUUCAAAUUUCGGUUUCAGCGCUGAAUUACUCAUAGAUCCCAGUGCUUGGCCUUUGGCCUAAAUUCUAUAUUCAAUUCAAUGCAUUUCAUAUGCCAUUAUUUAGCACUGGACGAGUUUACUUAAGAAAAACUCGCUCGCUAAACACUGCCAUUCCCACUGUAGUUCCAAUCUUUCAUGUAUGGGCGCGCCAUUGAUAUCAAUUUGUUUGCCAUGCACU